AUGAGGCGCUAUCUGACGGCCAACAUGCGCGUGCCGGUCGCGGUGUCUAAAAUUCGAGAUUUCGCCAGUCCGCCCACGCACGCACCCUGCACACCAACGACGGAAGUCUCUCGGCAACGGUCGUGCACGCUGCUUGUCGCGGACAACGCAAAUGAUAAUUGUUUAGGUGUUGACCUACCUAGCCCAUCUACGGAUAUAAGACUGUUGAUGAUUUCUUGGUCUGUAGACUUUAUAGGAAUGGAAUAA